AUGGAUCAAAAGAAGCUCAGGGAGCUGACGAAGCAGGAGAAAGCGCGACGUGGACAGGACACCGCAGUGCCUUCCGUGCUCAAGAGGAAGCAAGAGGCCAAGGCGGCAGAGAUCGCGGCGAAGCGCGCCCGAGCCGAAUCUGCGGCAAUGCCGCCCCCGGCGCUGCCGAAGAAUUCGCGCCUAGCUUCAGCCAAGGCUCCCGAGGAGGCGCGACCCAGCGACGUCAAUGACGCGGAGAAGCAGAGCCCCACCGCGACUGCCCCCGCUCCUGCCACUGCGGCCGUUGAAAACGACAGCGCCGAGGCUGCUGCAGAAGAGGAGGCUGCGGUAGCACCGUCCCCGGGAGCUCAGCUGCAGGCUGUCGAGCAGGUGCCCAUGGUGGCUGCGGAGGCAGCAAAGGCCACCCAAGCCGAAGCAGAUGCGGACCCAGAAAGCGAUCAGGCCCUUCCCGAAGGGUUCUUCGAUGAUCCGGAGCAGGAUGCGAAAGUGAGGGGAAUGGAGGCACCGUCUCGAAAGGCCGAGAGGGAGCUUGAGGAGGGCCUACGCAGGUUCGAAAGAGAGAUGGCCGCCGAGCAAGAGAAAGCUGAGGAAACAAGGCAUGAGAUCGACGAGAAAAAGUAUGAAGUCUUGGCUGCGGAAGAAGAGGAGUUUCAGACGCAGCUCCAGUCUCGACUGGUGAAGCUUCGGGAAGAAUGGAAGGACUGGGAGGCGCUGGGCUGGAAUCUGAUCUGCUCUCCCAAGGAGACGGUGAGAGAUGCAGAGUCACCCAGAACUGCCCACGCAGAGAACAACUCUGCCUCGGAGAGCCCCAAGCCGCUUCUGGUAUGGGAGGCGGGAGAGAUUGAGACCCGCCUGCGCAAGCACGCGUUGGAGCUUACAGAGCCGGCAAUCUCACGAACUGUCUUCUUCGAGGGAAAGCUUCGCGAAGUGCGGGCGUCGGCCGAGCGCAACGCGGAGAAUCUAAAGCAGCUGCACCAGCAGCUCGCCAGCCAGGAAAGCUUGAAGAAGACCAUUGACUCCUUCCGAUCUGAGCUUUGUGACUGGGAUAAGGAGCGGCGAGACCACGAGCACCUCCUGAACGAGAAAACCUGCCUGCAGGAGAAUGAGCUUAGUGCCCUCCGUAAGAUGAUUGAGGUGCAAGGCUACUCAACAGACGCGUGCCAGCGCGGUCUUAAGAAUGUAGGCGACCUGCUUGCAGCAACAAAAGAUGAAGUGUCACAGCUGCGUGACUACUGCUGCGAAAGGGUCGACGUGAACAGGGACAAGAUCAUGAAGCUGAGAGAUGAGAUAGAGUCAAAGUUGGCAGCAAGUGAAAGUACCCAGUUCAAGCUUCAAGACGAUGUCACGAACAUGGCCACUGUCUUUGCCCACCUGAAGUCGGAGAUGGAGCGUAUUGGAUUGGUCACAGCGGAAAGCAUGGAGAGUGUCGCCGACCUCUGGCGAGCAAAAGCCUCAGCGGCCAGUGUAGAGGAGCAGCAGCAGACCUUCAUCGAGUUUCAGCGCAACCUUUCCGAUGCUGUGGCUGCCCUCAGACUCCGGGUCGACCACGUCGUGGAUGAAGUGAAGGGCCACUUUCAGACUGCCGUGCGAGUGAUCUCAACAUCCACCUCCAAGCAGAUCUCAAGCAUGCGCACACAGUACUCCGAGGACAUUGGCAGAUUGGACGAGGUCAUGCAGCAGAACGAGAGCCUCAGCCAAGUGAUCCGCGGCGGCGAGGAUCAGGCGCGUGUGCAGCUCCAGAAGCUGCAGGAAGACUUCGACAAGCAGAUCCAGGAGCUAAGACUGGGCUUAGAGAAGAAAGUGAAGAUAGACCCAGUGAGCGAGCAGUACGUCGUGGAGGUCCAGCAACUGCGACGAGCCUGGAAGGACCACGAGGAGCAUCUGGCCUCACAUGACCGGGCGCGGUCCUUGGAGAGGGAUGCCAUGUACGCCAUCGUGGAGAGUCAGCUUAUCGCAGCACAGAUGAACGUCCAGGACGACCAGGAUCGGAAGAACGUGGCGCUCUUUGGCUGUAAGCCCGAGAAGGGGGCGGGAGAGGGGCUCCUUCCCAACAUCGACCAGACCCCUCGGAAGAAAGAGGUCAAGGCAGCAGCUCCCAUUAUCUCCCUGGAUAAGCGCUGCCUGUCCUGCUGCAGUAACACUGGAACCGUCCUGGCAGGGUUCAAGAUCGCGUGCUUGAACUACACGCCCGGCCCUGUGGAGUACCACAAGGUCGCCUACUCUCGGGCGGAGCUCCUCCAAUUGCAGGCAAAGCUGCUCGACCAAGCGAAAGACCAGAUGCAGCGAGCGGCGGGCGUGUGA